GGGACGUUUAAGCAGCGAUCCGGGACAGCCGGCUGUGUAGGGAAAAGCGGGACUGUCCCCGCGUAAAGCGGAGCUGCUGGGCGAGUUGAAAUUAGAAAUGCUGCUGCUUCACAGAACUAGAGCUGAAGCUUCUGUCUAAUAGACCACUCGUCCUGCGACCAGUUCAUUUUCCUGAGCUAGAGUGCUAUAAGAUAAGUCUACAAAUGUCUCCUACGAGGCUAAAGUGUGACCUUUUCUUCUCCUUUCCAUAAGCAUACAUAAGAUGAGCUCCACUGCAGACAGAGAUGACGGUAGUAUUUUUGAUGGACUUGUGGAAGAAGAUGACAAGGAUAAAGCAAAGAGGGUGUCUCGGAACAAAUCGGAGAAAAGGAGAAGAGAUCAGUUCAAUAUUCUCAUUAAGGAGCUUGGCUCUAUGUUGCCAGGCAAUGCCCGAAGGAUGGACAAAUCCACUGUGCUGCAGAAAAGCAUUGACUUCCUACGGAAGCAUAAAGAAAUUAGUGCACAGUCGGAUGCUAGUGAAAUACGACAAGACUGGAAACCUACGUUCCUUAGUAAUGAGGAAUUUACUCAACUCAUGCUGGAGGCACUGGAUGGAUUUUUCCUGGCAGUUAUGACAGAUGGAAACAUAAUAUAUGUAUCUGAAAGUGUGACUUCCUUACUUGAACACUUACCGUCUGAUCUUGUUGAUCAGAGUAUAUUUAAUUUUGUCCCCGAGGGGGAACAUUCAGAAGUGUAUAAAAUUCUAUCUACGCGGAUGUUGGAAAGUGGUUCUUUGUCAUCAGAGUAUCUUAAAACAAAAAAUGAACUUGAAUUCUGUUGCCACAUGUUAAGAGGCACAGCUGACCCCAAAGAGCCAUCAACCUACGAAUUUGUAAAGUUUAUUGGAAAUUUCAAGUCCUUAAAUAACGUGCCCAGCUCUACACAUAAUGGUUUUGAUGGUGCAUUACAGAGGUCACUGCGGCCGCCCUAUGAAGAGAGAGUGUGCUUUGUAGCUACUGUAAGGCUAGCUACGCCACAGUUCAUUAAGGAAAUGUGUACUGUAGAGGAAUCCACUGAAGAGUUCACAUCAAGGCACAGUCUGGAAUGGAAGUUUCUUUUCUUGGACCACAGGGCCCCUCCAAUAAUUGGAUAUUUGCCUUUUGAAGUGCUGGGGACUUCCGGCUAUGAUUACUAUCAUGUGGAUGACCUGGAAAACCUUGCAAAAUGCCAUGAACACUUAAUGCAGUAUGGGAAAGGCAAGUCAUGCUAUUAUAGGUUCCUGACAAAAGGGCAACAGUGGAUAUGGCUGCAGACACGCUAUUAUAUCACCUACCAUCAGUGGAAUUCCAGGCCAGAGUUUAUAGUUUGUACGCAUACUGUAGUAAGCUAUGCUGAGGUUGGGGCAGAAAGAAGACGUGAGCGGGGCAUUGAAGAUUCCCCUCCUGCCAUAACUGCAGAUAAAAAUCAGGACUCUGUCUCAGACAAUCACAUGAACACAGUUAGCCUGAAGGAAGCUUUGGAAAGAUUUGAUGACAGCCGAACACCCUCACCAUCAUCCAAAAGCUCAAUUAAAUCAUCAUCUCACACUGCUGUGUCGGACCCAUCAUCAACACCAACAAAGAUCACAACAGAAACAAGCACACCUCCCAGACAAGCUAUAACUGGCCUUGACAAGAGGAGGUCGUCAGUCAGCAGCCAGUCUAUGAGUUCUCAGUCAGUCAGCCAGGCGCUGUCACAGUCAGUGAUGAAACAAACAGCAUCUAUGCAGCUACAGCAAGGAAUGGCACAGCCCAUGUUUCAGUUCACGGCUCAGUUUGGAGCUAUGAAGCACCUGAAGGACCAGCUGGAGCAGAGAACUCGGAUCAUUGAAGAAAAUAUCCAACGGCAACAGGAGGAGCUGCGUAAGAUUCAAGAGCAGCUGCAUAUGGUCCAUGGGCAGGGAAUCCAGAUGUUCUUACAACAACCAGGACCAGGGCUAAAUUUUGGGCCGGUGCAAGUCUCUUCUGCAAACAGUGCAAGCAUUCAGCAGUUACCACAGCUCACCAUGCAAGGCCAGGUGGUCCAAACUAAUCAACUUCAAGCUGGCAUGAACUCUGGGCAUGUGGGAGCUCAGCACAUAAUGCAGCAGCAACAGUUACAGACUACAAGCCAGCAAGGCCAGCAGAAUAUUCAUGGAGGGCACAGCCAGCAGACUUCUCUGUCUAGCCAGACGUCUGGAACACUCACUAGUCCUUUGUACAACACUAUGGUGAUCUCCCAGCCACCUUCUGGUAGUAUGGUACAGAUGCCUUCCAACAUACAGCAGAGCAACCAGGGAGCCUCUGUCACUACAUUUCCUCAGGACAGGCAGAUUAGGUUUUCUCAAGCUCAACAAAUUGUUACUAAGCUGGUGACCACUCCUGUGGCUUGUGGGACAGUUAUGGUCCCAAGCACAAUGUUUAUGGGCCCAGUGGUUACUGCCUACCCUACAUUUGCUACACAGCAACAGCAGCAGCAGCAGCAACCCCAGACCUUAUCAAUAACCCAGCACCAACCAAAUCAGCAAGACCAGCAGUCAAUGCCUACAGUACAGCAGCCUGCUCAAGCGCAAUUAGCCCAGCAGCCACAGCAGUUUUUGCAGACCUCUAGGUUGGUCCAUGGAAACCAGUCCACACAGCUCAUCCUUUCCCCUUUCCCUGUGCAACAGAACACUUUUGCCCCAUCACACCAGCAGCAGUUAUCCCAUCAUAGGACUGACAGUAUGAGUGAUCCUUCCAAGGUGCAGCAACAGUAGUACCACUAUGAGUCACGUUACACUGCUGCCUGGAAAGGAGACAAUAGGAUCUGGUGGCAGUUUGGCAUUUAUAAUCACUACGGAUACAGCGCAAUGAAUGUUUGGUACGAGGCAGCGGAGCUCAUUGAGAUCAUGCACGGAUUGAAACUUGGCAUGUACAAUGCUCUGCUGCUCUAUGGACUUGUUUGAUGCAGAAGAUAAUUGGACGUGCAAUGUUCUACACCAGUCUGGUACUGGAGAUGCCUUCACAAACCACUAGGACAGCCUGGGAAAUGCUCAAAUGUUUGAUGAACACAGGUUAUAUCUUUGCCCCUUUGCUGAGGAUCAUAAUGCUGCCCCUACUUGCCACAGGAUUUCAGAUUUUAAUUAUAGGAUAUCAAGUAGUUUUAGGCAUUAAUAUAAAUAAUUUCAUAACAGAACUAUUUUAGUACAUUUACACAGAAUAACAAAAAAUGACUAUUUAACAGUUAAAGUUACAUCCUACAGUACUUAAUACAAUAUAUUUUAAUGUGAAGCAGUGCAGUUUUCAGGACAGCCCCUAAAUAAGAUUCUUGAGGUGUCCUAGUUUGUGUUAUCAGAACCAAGAGAGCCAGUGGGCUCAGCACAGCAAAUGUAUGCAUGCCUGCUGGGCCUGUGCCACUGAUAGGAUACAUUAGCUGGGCCUGUGCCACUGAUAGAUACAAUAGCUUCUAUAUCACUAUUCCUAGCAGGCCUGAAUACUGAUCAGAUUUUACAUUAAGUGGAGUAUGUAUUAACAUUGGAGGCAAACAUCACUGGUGAUAUUGCCCAUAAGUCGAAAGCAAAGGCAAAGAUCUAAUUGGUUGCUAUGGGCAGCAUCGCCAGUGAUGCUUGUCCCCAGUGUUAAUAAAUACACUCGUGAAGUUACUAAUGAAUACAGCAGACUCCCAUUGUGAAACCUGAUCUUCAUCCUUACACACUGCGCUUAGCAAAUCAGCCCACGUUUGAUAUGAAAAGUCACUUCUGAAGUUUUUGCUUGCGGCCUGGGCUAUGUUUAGCUGAGGCAGAGUGCAGCAGAACAGGUUUUUCCAGUCCCCAUGAUUAAACAAAAGCAGGGCUGCACACCCUUUAGCACUUUGUUCAUGUCCCAGUGCUCCCCCCCCAUCAGCUUCAACCAGUGGAGGAUUCCGGGAGUUGUACUUCAACAACUGAAGGGCUGGAAAUUGGCCGAUGUGCUAAUAAGUCUUACUGUUACCAUCUCAGGCUACUAUAUCUGCCCCCUACCUACAGCCACACAGUGCCCCUUAUUUGCAACCCCUACAGACAGCCCUGCCUGUGCCCUGUCAGAUUAUUAGGCCACUUGCUGGUAAGUUUUCAUUGGCCAGUUAUACUGACUGACUUGGGAACUGACCCAGCCAGAUACAAAUGCUUCGGCUGGAUUCCAGGUUCACAUUCCAUGUUAGAUUUUAGGUGAUAGGCAAGAGAUGACUUGUGCUAUUACUGCCCGGAGCUAAUAGGUCUCUAACUCAGGCCCAAUCAUCCCUUCCAUGGCCCUGCCGUGUCCUUCCUCUAAGCAUUGGGUUCUACCAUUUAAUAACUGUGUUUUCCCAUCGCUGUGUCAAUGUAUUUCUGCCUACUGACCAUGCCUGUCGGCCAUUUUGUUUUCAGAGCGUUGCAGGCAUCUCCGGAACCAGAUGAAGUAAAUAUCAGGUAAACCUAUUCUUUUUCUGUGGGACUUGUGUGUGUUUGGUUUCAGAAAUGAGACAGAAUUUCACUAUUUUUUUUAAUGAUAUAACACUAUUAUUAGGAUGUUGGAAAUCAGAGUCUAUAUUGUACAGCCGGUGUAAAAUAUUCUGUAAAUACUGACAUAUAUAUAUGGAUAAUAUAAGGAAGCAGAAUUUUAUAUGAUGCAUGGCUGUAGGAGUUAAUGUUUCUAUAAAGCCCCCCGGUUUCUGAAACACAUCUCCCCCCGCCCCCACACACUUUUUAAAAAAAAAAAUACUUUGUUUACAGUUUUGUUGCUGUUUCUGCGUGUUCUCUUAUUGGUCGAUCGUAUCAUGUUGUGGGGAGCUAUUGGUUCAUUUCUGAAUGCCUUCAGCGUGUCAGAGGUGUUGCUGCCCAGCCAUCCAUGCUUAUUAGAGCCCCAUUUUAUCCCCAUGGUUUUAUAUGGAAGCAUUUGCACUUUUCUGCAGAUGGUUUAACAGAAAAAAACUCUUACCUCUCAAAGCUUUGUCUAUUUAUGUCAAAAAUGUUAAGCUAAAAAAAAACCUUAAGAAACUACUUAUUGGAAGUUCCGUUCUAGGAGUGUUUUUUACAAAAUGAUAUACAAAUAUAUAUAUAUACAGUGUAUUUUUACCAUAUGUAUGUGUUGUAAAGGAAAGUGAUUUACUCUCACUAAGUGUCUCCUUUGCAGUGCAUCCUCACACAUGCUUUACUGGUGUCUGGCGCUGCCGCUGGGGUGCCCCCUGUUAUUGGGGUGCUCGGUGUGCCUACACCUCAGUGCUAAUGAAGUGCUUAUUGGAGAGGAACUGUCAUUGCUAUCAAAUGCACCCAAAUUGUAGUGGAUGUUAAAUAAAUCUCUUCCACAAA